ACCGUUUUGAGUUCCUUCCUAUCAAAUCCCUCCAGAAAUUGUUCUCUUUUUCAUUUUUAAUCAUCUCUUCCCCCUGAAGGAGAAAAAGAAAAAAUCAAAUCUUUUUGGUGCCCAUUUGUGCAAUCAUCCAGAAAGGGAAAUGGUGAGAGCCAUGGAACAAGAACAAGAGAGCUACAAGUCGAGAUUAUUCCAUUUCAAAGGCAUGAACAACAACAACAACAAUGACAACUCUUCGUCGAGGCACGUGAAGAGUUGGAGCUCAGAUUGUGUAGUGAAGAUGGAUGGCGACGCCAUCGAUGAUGGCAUGAUGAUGUACAGGAGUAAUCCGGGCAAUGAAAGGCCGAUCUUGCCGCCUAGUAUUGCGUCUAGUCGCAGCGAAAAGACCGCUACUAACCCUCGGGUGGCUAAGGAUGAGCCUUUGGUCACUUCUCUUGAAGCCAUGGAAGCAGAGUUACAAGCAGCCUUGGAUCAGAUGAAAGAACGGUUUGCGAAACUGCUUCUAGGCGAAGACAUGUCAGGAGGAGGAAAGGGUGUUUCGUCGGCUCUGGCGUUAUCAAACGCCAUCACUAACCUCGCUGCCUCUGCGUUUGGAGAACAACGACGUCUCGAACCGAUGCCAGCAGAUAGAAAACUGAGGUGGAAACGAGAAAUCGGAUGGCUUCUCUCCGUUACCAAUCAUAUAGUCGAAUUCGCUCCGACCCAGCAGACAAACAAGGAUGGAUCUUCCAUGGAGAUAAUGACCACAAGACAACGGACCGAUCUUCAUGUAAACAUCCCUGCACUUAAGAAGCUCGAUACCAUGCUCAUCGAUUGUCUCGAUAAAUUCAUGGAUCAGGAUGAGUUCUAUUACGUGUCGAGGGAUUCGCCCGAUUCCGGUAACGGUAAGGCGCCGAGGAAUGAUGAGAAAUGGUGGUUACCGACGGUGAAAGUUCCUCCCAACGGCCUAUCAGAAAUGUCGAGAAGGUUUCUGCAGAAGCAGAAGGAAUGUGUGAAUCAAGUUCUUAAAGCUGCAAUGGCCAUAAAUGCUCAGGUUUUAUCUGAGAUGGAGAUUCCUGAAAGCUAUAUCGAUUCUCUUCCCAAGGUACAGAAAACAUAUCAACAAACAUUUCAAGAUUCUUCCUUUUUCGGCCGAAUCUUUUAUCUUAUCCUAUCCCUUGCGGCUCCAUGUUCGUGUUUUGAUUUCUCUUCUUGUACGCAGAACGGGAGAGCCAGUCUCGGAGACUCGAUAUACAAAAUGAUAACACUAGAGAUGUUUGAUGCGGAUCAGUUCUUGAUCGAGAUGGAUUUAUCGUCCGAGCACCGGAUUCUUGAUCUGAAAAACAGGAUCGAGGCAUCGAUCAUCAUAUGGAAGAGAAAGAUGGUGCAAAAAGACAUGAAAUCUCCUUGGGGUUCGGCCGUAAGUUUGGAGAAGAGGGAACAGUUUGAAGAGCGAGCCGAAACUAUAUUGCUCCUUCUCAAACAAGCCUUUCCCGGGAUCUCUCAGUCUGCACUCGAGAUCAGCAAGAUUCAGUUCAACAAAGAUGUAGGGCUUGCGAUAUUGGAGAGUUACUCGAGAGUAUUAGAGAGUUUAGCGCAGACGGUACUAUCGAGAAUAGAAGACGUGCUUAAGGCGGAUCAGAUAACACAAGACCCUUCGAACGCGGUAUGCAAGAGACGUCUCGUCCUGGAGGAUACCGAGAGGCACAAGGAAGAAAGCAACAGUUUCUACGACGAGAUGCAAGCGAACAAGACGCUCUUCGACUUCAUGCAAUGGGAUGGCAGCAAGAAAAACUGCUGUCCCAACGACCCCAACAAACACGAGGACGAUAAAGCAAUGUCCAACAAGAAGAACUCCUACCUCGAAACACUCGGGAUGAUGAGGAGUCCGACCGCGAGAUAUUCUUGAAUUUUCAAUGUAGUUAGGGAAUAAGCGUUGCGAGAAAUUUCGGAUUUGAUGAUUUGGAUUGAAGAGAACAUGAUCCCCCCAAGAUGUAUAGUUUCAGAAGCAGGCAAUGGUAAUAAAAAUUUGUACCUAAAGCCCUGUUUCUUUGAUUCCAUUCUCCUAAUGUAAAAGUUGAAUGUUCUUCCAGAGAAUGAAGCACUGUUUACUUGAAAUCUAACAUCAGAAAUUUGCAAAGACAAUGCAGAAUAUACAUAAAGGGCUAUUGCACUAUUCAGAAGUUUCAAGAACAGAUGUUCCAAAGCAAUACAUCCCAGAAAUAGAAGAAGAAAUCCAUACAUUACA